AUGUUUUUUUGUACCUUAAAAAUGGGCAUUGUUUUCAUCAUCUUUAUUUCACUAACCUUAACUUUAAUCCCAAAAGCCAUUUCUCAAUCUCCCAUUUGCAAUGGAAUUUCAAUAUCAUACGUACACAAUUCCGGGUUCCAAAUCCCACCAACGGUCACCAACACCGCUGACCAGCCAUACAGUUUCGCAUCUACUCUGACCCUCACCAAUGCUGCAGCUGACAGGCUUAAGUCGUGGCGUGUGUUUGUUGGUUUUCAACACCACGAGUUUUUAGUUUCCGCUUCAAAUGCUGUUCUUGCUGAUGGAACAUCCCUCCCUGCGAAUGUUACUGGUGGGGUUGUCUUGGCUGGGUUUCCGGUUACUGAUCUGAAGACUGCUGUUGAAACUGCAGGGGAUUUUAAUCAAAUGCAGGCGCGGAUACAGCUGGUGGGGACUCAGUUUGGUGUCCCCCCACCAAACGCUUCAUUGCCCGUGAAUAUCUAUCUUGUGAAUGAUGGGUUCUUGUGCUCUGCCCCUUCAAGUCCGGCAAACAAUGAAACACAUGUUUGUUGUGAAAAGGACCCAAACGCGACACCCACACCAGCGGUUGAAGAGGAUGAUCAAACAUUUGAGGGGAGACGAGAAGGCGAUAUAACCAUUAUGUAUGAUGUAAUCAGUUCCCAAGAAACUGAUUACAUGGCACAAGUCACCAUCUCGAAUCACAAUCCCCUCGGCCGCCUUGAUUAUUGGCAGCUAAGUUGGGACUGGAUGCGAGAUGAAUUUAUUUAUUCAAUGAAAGGAGCUUACCCAUCUAUUAUAGACACUAACGCUUGUAUAUUUGGUCGGCAAGGCGAGUUUUACCAAAAACUCGACUUUUCAAAGGCUUUGAACUGUGACCGGCGGCCCACUAUCGUCGACCUUCCACUUGACAAGACAAAUGACUCACAGUUAGGAUUGGUUCCGUUCUGUUGUCGUAACGGGACUCUCUUACCACCAUCAAUGGACCCCGACAAGUCAGUUUCGUCUUUUGUGAUGCAAGUUUACAAGAUGCCACCAGAUCUAAACCGGACUCAACUCACUCCACCUCAGAAUUGGAAAAUCAAUGGUAGUAUGAACCCCGAUUACCAAUGUGGGCCGCCUGUACGAGUUAGUCCUACCCGUUUCCCAAACCCUAGUGGGCUUACUUCUGAUUCAACCGCAGUUGCUAGUUGGCAACUUAUUUGCAAUAUGACACGGAUCGAACCUGCUACACCAAAAUGUUGUGUAUCAUUUUCGUCGUUUUUCAACAAGUCUGUAGUGCCAUGCAGCACUUGUGCGUGCGGGUGCACAAACGCAGAUAGUUGCAGUGUGGAUACCCCCGCACUUCUUCUGCCUUCGAAUGCACUUCUGGUGCCAUUCGAAAACAGAACAAAACUGGCAUCUGAUUUUGCCAAGAACAAUGAUUGGGACCUGCCCAGCCCAUUGCCCUGUACAGAUAACUGUGGCGUCAGUAUCAACUGGCAUUUGCUAUCAGAUUUCAAAGAUGGAUGGACAGCAAGGAUGACCAUUUUCAACUGGGGUGAUACUAGUUUUGCUGAUUGGUUUGCGGCUGUAGAGCUCGAUACAUCAAUGGCAGGAUUUGAGGAAGUGUUCUCUUUCAAUGGCACCCGCCUUAUGAGUUCUAAUAACACAAUUUUCGUAAAAGGUCUCCCGGGUUUAAACUAUAUUGUGGCUGAGACAAGUGGGCGUAACCCAAAGAAAGAUCCACGUAUUCCUGGCUCACAACAAUCAGUCAUCUCCUUCACAAAAAAGAACAUACCUGGGCUCAAUGUUGCCCGAGGCGAUGGGUUCCCAACCAAGGUAUAUUUUAAUGGUUUAGAAUGCUCGAUUCCUCCCAUUCUUCCUAUUACUAGCCAUGGUUCCCGAAUCACUAUGGCCUUUGGUUCUGUUCUAGUUACACUCUUUGUGUUGUUGUUUCUAAAAGAUUCGUUCUAACAAUGUAAACAAUUCCCAAUCACAUUCCAUAUUCUUUUUGUAAUAUUUCUGGUAAAUGAUUCUGUUAUGUAAUCUACAACUUAAACAUCUCAAAAA